AAACUUCUUCAAUCCUUUGAGUUUUGACGUGAUCUGUUCUCGGUCUCUGCUGAAGCCACGCUCCUUGAGUUUUCAAUCAAUCAAUCAAUUGAUCAAUCAAUCAAUCAAUCAAUCAAUCAAUGAAUCAAUCAGUCAAUCAAUCAAUCAAAGCUUUAUUUAUAAAGCGCCUUCCGCAACCCUGUCAGGAAGCCCAAGGCACUGAACAUGGUACAGUAGAAGGUAAAUAUAUUGAAUUAAUCAAAAAUAAAAGCAAUUCAAAUUACAAAAUACAAAUUACAAAAAAGGUGAAACAUUCUGGUACAGGACAAAUGUGUAAAACAAUGGAUUUAGUGAACCAAUGAAAACUGUGAAAUAAAUUCAACGUAAAAGAGGGCCAAAAUCAAACAUGUUCAGGAAACGUCAAGCGGAGGAGGUGUGUUUUUAGGCGACUCAAAGACUGGCAGAGAUGGGGACAGCCUAACUGAGGGUGGCAACUGGUUCCAGAGUGACGGUGCUAGGACUGAGAAAGCCCGGUCCCCGCGAGUACGACACCUAGAACGAGGGACAGCGAGCAGGCCUUGGUCAGAGGAGCGCAGAGCGCGUGAUGGGGAAUGUUUUUUCAGGAGUGUGGCUAGAUAGAGGGGACCACCACCCUGGAAGAAAUGAUAAACAAAGACGAGGAUUUUGAAUUGUGAGCGAUAGCAAACCGGAAGCCAGUGCAGGGAGGCCAGAACCGGACUGAUGUGGUCCCGUUUCCUGGUUCCAGUCAGGAACCUGGCUGUGCUGUUCUGCACAACCUGUAGGCGACGCAGUGAUGACUGACACAACCCUGCAUAGAGAGAGUUGCAGUAAUCAAGCCUAGAAACAACAAAGGCAUGAAGUACCCGCUCCAGGUGGGCUCUCGACAGCAUAGGCUUGAUUUUUGCAAGGCAUCUCAGGUGAAAGAAACUGGACCGGAUCACAGAAUUGAUGUGAGCAUCAAAUUUAAGGCCAGCAUCAAGUUUCACCCCCAAACUGGUAACAACUGGUUUUGAGUAGGGAGAAAAAGGGCCAAGAUCAACAUAACGAUCCAAAUUCCUGCUGUUGGGGUGAAAAACAUGUAUGUACAGUCUAUGGUGAAAAACAAUGAGCUCUGUCUUUCCCUUAUUCAGAUGUAGAACGUUGGCCAUUAGCCAAGACUUCACCUCGUUAAGACAGGACACAAAGGACUGGAUAGAGUGACCUUUCUCCUGACACAAUGGAGAGUAAAUCUGGCAAUUGUCAGCAUAGAGAUGGAAUGAUAGGCCAUGUUUAUGAAAGAUUGACCCCAGAGGUAGCAAAUAAAUGGCAAACAAAAGAGGACCAAGGAUCGAUCCCUGCGGGACCCCCCAGCGGAGCCCCUCCCAAGAUGAAAAAACAUCACCCAGUUUAACGCAGAAUGUCCUGUUGUGGAGAUACGAUCUAAACCAGUCCAGAGCAGACCCUUUGAUCCCAACCCAUCGUUCCAAGCGAUCGAGUAGAAUUGCGUGGUCAACUGUGUCGAAGGCUGCUGUCAGGUCUAACAACAGAAGCACCACAGAUGUACCCUGAUCCAGUGAUAGAUAGAUGUAAUUUAGGAGGGUUUUUUAGACAAACCCUCAAAGAGGUGGUUGUCCGUCACAGCUCCUGAGAAAUGUCUGGCUACUUCUGCCUCUACUCGUAAAGACAGAAGUUCACAGAUCUCGUUGUCACUCCAAUUAGCCAUGUCAGCUGGUUGUUUACUAAAUGUCCCAUGUUUACUUGGUUCAUAUAUUAUUUCCGGUCAGGGGUCGCUGCACAUUUGCUACGCCAUUUGACAUCUUCCUCUGUUGUGCCAAGGUGCAAUCGCUGUUUAUAGAAAAGACACUUACCGCAAUGUUACUACCAAGCGAGGCGCAACAAAUGCAGCAAAAUUCACACAACGCCAUGCCAGCAUGGCGUGUUUAUAAAACACACUGUUGCAGUAAUGUUACACUGAUUUGCCGGCACAGUGUGUCUUGUAAAAAGGGCUUGUGAGUCAUUUCCUACCAGGGCUAUAGAGGCAAACAAAAUGAGGCCAACCUAAAUGACUGAGAAUUUUCAAGGUCCCCAACAUUCCUCCACAUUCCAAUGGGCCAAUGAAAGGCAGCUAAUUGUCAGUGACUACGUUUACAUGCAGCCAAUAUCCGGGUUAUGAUCGGGUUAAGGUCAGUAUUCGGGUUUCUGAGUUGAUCAGAAUAACCCGUUUACAAGCAUAAAUAGAAAGAGUUACCCCUAACUUGCAUAACCCAAUUUAAAUGCGGACGUUGGGGUAGCGUCAGGACGUAUGGACUACGUCCAGACGCAAUAUGUGUCAUUUCUGGUUCUUCUUUUUCCGGUAUCCUUGAAAACAACAACAUGUUUCCCUGUUCGGAAGAGAUAGCGACCGCGUUUGUUUGCGCUUUAGUUUCCUCGUCACUCCAAAAGUGUGGUGCUGUGCCGCGACUCGCCAUGUUGCUCCCAACUUUUUGUUUACUUCCGGUGUUCUGGCGCAUACAAGACGUCUCGCUACUCAAAAGACCAAGAUUCCUUACGAACAGAGCAUGCGCAUAACACACGCUUUGAUGGGGAUAUCCCGAUAUGCGUUUACACGACCAAACAUUCGGGUUAGAAAAGGGUUACCCCAGGUGUAGUUACCGGGUUUUUAAAAACCUGGUUAUGAGCAUAUCCGGGGUUUUGGCGGUGUUUACAUGGACCUGCGGAACCGAGUUAUUGUGAAUAUUCGGGCUUUAAAAGGGUUACUGGCUGCAUGUAAACGCACUUAGUGACUGAGUAGUGAUUUUCAAACCAAGGAGCCAUUUGGCUAACUUUGGUAGAGCUGAAGGGGUCAGAAAAUCCUGGUAGUUCUAGUGUUAAGACCAGGGGUAACCCCAAAUGGUACAUAAAAACAACAAAACAAACAAAAAACAUAACAUUUUAUGAGUUUUAUUGUGUAUAAAAUAUAAGUUCAGUAUAUGAUUUCUUAAAUCUUUAUUAUUUCUACUGAAUGAAUAAAUAGUUAAUUCAAUAAUAUAUAAAUCAAUAAAGAAAUAAUACAUAUACAUGUUGCAACUCAUUGAAAUCUGUUCCUCUCUUUAUAAAAAAAUCCUAUAAACUGUCUGGUGGGUGUGGGGGAAUAGGCAGAUCGUGUCUGGGGGGUGGACUAUUGCCCCCUUUGGUCUUAGCUUGGGACUGCCACUGUUUCCUCUCAGACCAUGUGUUGGCUACUUGGUCAUGUGACACAUUUCCUUCCUAAAAAUAACACAUUUGUUUGCAUAACUCAGAAAAACACAUUGUUAAAAUAAUAUUUUCCUCUGUGAAAUUCAAAUAUUCGUUUUGUUUUCAUUUCCUAUAUUUCUAAGAUAAAAAUUUUAACUUUGCAGCAGCAGCUUAUUUUAUGUCAGAUAAACUGAUUUUGUGUGUUCCUGCUAUUCCAGUAAAAUAGGAACAGUCUAGUUUGAAUGAUGAAUCUGUGACAUCCCCUGAGCCUCCAGUCGCAGCUGGACUCAGCUCCACCUCGGAUGCUGUUUUUUUUUCUGCAUCUCAAAACAACCACUCGUCUGCUCUCAGGAAGUAAGCCUGCUGGAUGAAUAUCAAUAUGGACCCAAAUGCUCGAUGAGGAUGCCCAGCGCCUUAGCGAACGCAGCGCGCGGGAGUCUGCGCUUCUUUAUGUUUUAUUUUUGAGGUUUAAACUGAUGUCCCUGUUCCCGUCUGGUGAGCGACAUGGCUGAGCAGCAGCAGGAUGGGCUCACAGACCCCACCGCGCCUCGGUAGCAGAACUGCGCGCUGUUUAUCAUAAAAAUGGAAGACCUUUCACGUCAGGAAAAGGCGUCAGUCCGGCGAUGUGCGUCUGAACAUUGGAUUUUUUACCCAUACGUCAAUUGACACGUCGGGGAUUUUUUCCCUUUACCGAGACAGCUGUGUCAUCAACAACCGGCGUGGUUUUGUUGUUGUCUGAUUUUUUACGAGUCUGGGCGCCCGGAUCUGGGCUGUCGCCUCGUUCUACCUCUGCGCCAACCACAGGAGACGCUAACCAAGCGGAGAACAGCCGGUGGCAAACUUCGGCUUCUCCAGAGUCUUCUCCUAUACCAUGAGCUCUGGCUCUGCCCAGGAUGUGGCUGUCGAGCAUUUCCUGCGUGACAUAGAGUGGCGAAGCAAGCGGCUGCACUGCGCUGUGAUAGGCUGCGAGGAGGAGCGAUCCCGCAGCGACAUGAACCUGCUGUAUCGUAAGAGCCGUUUGGACUGGAGGCAGAGAGACCAAGAGGGAAGCAAAAAGAGCUCCACGCAGAACGACCCCUCAGCCACUGUUGGUAAAGUCAGAGACUUGGCUUCUUUCCGACGGCACUUCCGGAUGGGUUUCAUGACGAUGCCCGCCUCCCAGGACCUGUCUCCUCACACGUGUGUGUCUGCCAUGGCACCACGCUCACAGUCCUGCCACGCUGUCGGAGCAGAGGAUACCCACCUGGAGAACGGAGAUUACUCUGACACUCAGUCGCAGCACGGCGGCCGCUGCCCCCCAGCCAAACCCAAACGCCAUCCAAGUACUCGGCUCAGCUCCUCGUCCGCCGACAGCAGAGCACCUGCUGAGACCCCACCACCCUCUACAACCAGUCACUCACAGGCCAAACACUCAGAUAAGAAGAAUGCCAUGAAGAAAUCUGACUCUGGGGACGUCGGAUCAAAGAAGUUGCCUCCUUUGAAACCCAAGAGGAGUCCCAGCACCCAGCUCACCUUCGACCCUCUUCCUCCUCGUGUGCCUCCUCCUGCCUCGUCCAUGCCUUUCCAGACGGCAGAGUCUCAGAUUCAGGCAGGAGAUGGGGAGGAUGAACCAGUCUACAUAGAGAUGGUGGGCCAGGUGUUCACCAGAGAGAGCCAGACGGCCACGCCACACCCCGUCACGCCAGUGGCCACCACGCCAGACUCUGACUCAGACCAGAGUGAGGCAAUCUAUGAGGAGAUGAAAUACCCGCAUCAGGAGGACAGAGAGUCCCACAGGCAUCUGCCUUCUAAACACGAGAAACUAAAAUCCUCCAAACACUACCACGUCACCGCUUCCUCCUCCAGCAGUUCAUCUUCCUCUCUCCCACGCCCCUCCUCCUCUUCUCCUUCUUACUCCAAACCUAAGGCUACAGUGUCCAUCUCCCACUCAUCUCCUCUGCCUUCAUCUGCAUCCUCCACUCCUGUACCCCAGGUCCUCUCCACCAGCCCUCACACACCCCGAGCUCCUACUCCCUACCUGCUGCAAGGGAAUAAAUCUGAAGCAGAGUCCAACACAAAGAUCCCAGCCCCCUUCCCAAAUCUCCUUCAGCACCGGCCUCCGCUGCUCGCCUUCCCGCAGCCUGCAGCCGCCUCCAGUGGAGUAGGAGUGCAAAACAAGUCAUCCUCUUCCUCUAAAAUGCAAACAUCCAGUACAACAACCCAGGCCACCACCUCUUCAUCGGCCUCUUCUAAUGUUCUCUCAUCGCUGGCCAAGGAGCUAUCCGGAGGAAGCUCUUCCCAACAGGACAAACACAACAGAGAUUCCCAGUUGGGUCCAGCUCCCGGACUGAGAGCCAGAAGUCACUCCACUCCUCUACCCCCGUCCUCCAAAUCCACGUCCCCCUUCUCCCAUCAUCAUCACCACCCUCAUCAUCGCCCCUCACACUACCAUCACUAUCGCAAGCCGGACAGAGGAGACUCCCCCGCUCCAACCAAGAGCAGCUCUCAGACCUCCAGCCAGGCCACAGUCCAGACUCAGACGUCGAGCUCGGGCAAGGAGAGCAAGUCCGUCAGCUUCAUGCUGAAGUCCAACAAAGGAGAGAGGGAGAAAGACAGAGAAAGGGACAGGGCAAGGGACAAGGACAAGGAGCGAGACAGAGACAAGGAUAAGGACAGAGAAAGAGACAGGGACAGAGAUCGGGACAAGGAGCGAGACAGGGAAAGGGAUCGGGAUCGGGACAGUGGACCACAUUCCUUACCGUUAGAUAGCACAAGCGGCCAAACUCCUCACAGCAGCACCAGCUCUACCCCUACGCCAUUGUCUUCAUCCCAGCGUCCUCAUUCCCGUCCACAUCUCCGAUCUCACACCCCCCAUUGCCUUCCGACGUACAAGCCCCCCUCAUCCGACAGCCCGCUGCUGUGGACCUACCCAUCCGGCGGCUUCAGGAGGCCGCCAGCAUAUGAGAGUUUGAGAGGCAGCUCUCAAACACCGUCUCUGCCACAGCCUUUGAGCCUCACUGGUGCAGGCGAGGGGUUGUCCAGGAGCAACGGAGGGUCUUCAUCACAGACAAAAGCUGGCUUCAUGCCCUGGGAAAGCAGCAGCAGCAGUUUCGGUGGAGAUGAAGGUUCUUACUGGCCGAUGCAGAGGAAGCUGUCCUUCAGCCAUGGGAGCAGGGAAGCAGAGAAAGACGGCCGGGCCUGGAACGGCAGUGCUGAUGCUCUGCUCAAGAUGGAUAAAGAGGACCUGGUGGUGGGCUCCCGAGGAGGCCACUCAGGCAUCCCAGUUCACUACAGUGGCGCCGCCAGCAGGCCUCUCGGCCACAGCGAGUCUUUGGCGGGUGUGGACAGCAGCACAGGAUUCAGAGCUCUGCCCAGAGCAGGGCUACCUCUUCCCUGCCAAACAUUUCCUGCCUGUCGCAAUGGAGAAGUGGGGCGGCUGGGCCGCUCCUCCUCUGCUGCUGGAGUGAGACAGGUGGGUGGAGGAGACGUCCAGAGACAGAGCAGUCUACCGGCGCGAGAAGCUCUGAAUCAGCUGCAAGGUCUGGCCUCAACUCAAGUGCACUGCAGCCCCGGCACUCCCGGUGUGUCUCGGCAGCAGCAGCAGCAUCUUCAGCUCCAUCAGCAGCAGCUGCAGUUAAAGCAGCAGCUCCAGCAGCUUCAGCAACAGCACCACCUACAGCUGCAGUUCCAACAGCUUGCCCAGCUGGCACAGGGACACCCCCCAGCCAGCGGGGGUAACACCCCAUCCACGACUCAGUCCCAGAGAGACGGCAAGCUGCUGGAGGUCAUUGAGCGAAAGCGCUGCCUGUGCAAGGAGAUCAAGGCCCACAGAAGGCCUGACAAAAGCCUGUGCAAGCAGGACAGCAUGCCGAUCCUCCCUAGCUGGAGACGGACACCCGAGCCUCGGAAUUCCGGCACGCCACCUUGUCAGAGGCCUCAGGCUGUCGUGUGGGACACAGCGAUCUGAGGAUAUAAAGACUGAGCAGUCCCCUAAACAAACUAUUUACCAGAAUUUAUUAGAAUAAAUAACAACAGAUUGACAAACUGUCAGAUUAUUUGAAAGACUUUGAGAGAAGACGAAGACACUACUGUUGUUUUGUUUGAAAAUGUUCUGAAAACUAGAUCAGUGGAUUCUGGAGACCUUGAACUUGUUCGUGAAAACAAAGAAGCAGCAAAACGUCGAUUAAGAGGUGUGCAAAAAUAGUUAAUACAAUCAGACUACACCACUUUCAUACUCAGCUGAUUUGUAUUUUCUCUGUAUUAUACUGAUAUGUUCUAAUUGCCAAUGAUUAUUUUGCCACAAAACACCAGUAAUAUUGCUAAGGGGAAAAAAAGAGAGCGACAGCCACAAAUGAUUAAUAAUAACAACAAUAGUAAUAACGAGUGUGUCGUUUUCUGAGAUUGGUGUUGCCAAAUAUCCUCCUGACUACUUGAGACGCAAAGGAAUCGUGGGUUUUCUCCAGCGUAAGAAAUCCGACAAGCACAGGGUCCGCUCUGUGCUGAAGAAACGGCAAGACUCAUAGACAAGUUCUUCGAAGUGUUUCUUGAAAUCGUGAAUGUAUACGAGAUGUCUUGGUAUCAAUAGAUUGUCAUUGUGGAUGCAAAUAAUCAUCACUGAGAAGUUAAAGCUACCUACUGUAUCCAUUUGCAUAUUUGUAAUGUAAAUCUAUUUACUUUCUCAACGUUUCUGCAAUUUUACAGCAAUAUGCUCCGGAAACUCGGGCAACGUAUUUAAAACUUGUGUCAGCUAGCCUAACAUACAUAUCUUAAGACUUGAACAAGUCAUAUUUACUGUGUCAUUCUCUGCAUGUCACAAUAGACAUACAGUGCUGUAAAAAAACAAGAAAAAAAGGAGAAACGUGGGUAGAGAUGAUCCUGUCAGACUUUUACAUACAGCAGAUCUUUACUAGGAUAACGAGUGAUUUGUUGUAAGAGUUGAACAAUACGUUGCCAAGCGUGUAAACGUAAGAAAGGGCGGUACAUCCUGCUGCAGUUCGGCCAAAUAGAUACAGAUCAGCGGUAGAAAAGUAAAAACAUCAUUGCUCAUGCUUCUACACCUGCUGCACAUUACUAUUUGUUCCUCCACACAGGAAAAGCCUGAACACUGACACCCAUCAACACAGACUGUGCAAUACGGUGCAACUGAUGAGACUGUGAGUAUCGAUCACCUCAAACAGAAUGCUGGAACAAUCUGCACAAAUCAACGCUUUGGAGAAAUCCAGCCCUGGUGUACUGUAAAUAGACAUGUACAACUGUAUUUGAAAAUGUAGCAAUUAUUUCCAUUUUCAUACUUGUAUUCAAUACAUAUUAUGUAGCAUAGACUGUACAAACAGAAUUUUGUUCACUAGUUUUUUUCCCCUUCUUUUUUAUAAAGGAUUAUGUAGUUUAUCUGCUGCAGCCAGUCCAUGCAUCACAGAUCUACGAGUAAACGAUGAGCCCUCUUAAUAAAAAAGGUACAGGCCAACAGUUGUUUAUAUAAAUUUAUGCAAGAUUCCCUUUAAGCUUUGUUCUUGAUUCUUUUUUACAUUCACUUUUAUUUCUGUACAGAUUUCAACAGCUUUUAGUCCUGAUAUUUUUUAAGACUUUGCUGCUAUCUUGAAUACCGGUGUUGUACAUUCAACUACACAGUGUUACCACGACAAACUUUAUUUAUACAGCGCUUAUUGUUACAUGACUGUUCUUUUUCUUUUCUAAAAGCUACAUGAAAUGAAGUUUGUACCUUGAAGAGUCGGCUCUCCUGUAAUCGAUUUAAGGCGCUUGAAUGUCUCUUGGUUGGUGUUUUACAAUAGUUUCUACCAAAACUAUACAGGAUCCAGCGAAAGAAAAAAAAAAAGAAGAUUCCCAAGUGUUCCCGAGUCACUGCUUGGCCUUUUUUUUUAAGUCCCUCCUGCUUGUGUUUGAAGGUUUUGUUGAGCUCACCGAGUCCAUUUUCAAACAAACACAAGCCAGGGUGAAGGAAAUGGGGGAAGUGCAAUGCAUGCAGAGAUUCCUUACACUGAAAUGUUCCAGUGAAACUUAUUAUCGUGCCCAGUUUGAUUCCAAAAGUGAUCACUUUACUACGGCUCCGUUUCACAGACUGAAAUGAAACCCAAGGUAGGCUAUCAUGUUCCAAAAUAGUUUACAGAGGCUGUUGGUUUUGUGUGUCUUCUGAAACAGUGGCCGUUAUACCAGUGCCAUAUACUCUAUUGAUAUGGUAAGAUACGGUGUACCUUGGAAAUCACUGUAGUGCUAUAUUUGCAUUGAUAUUGUCAUUGAAAAUAAAUUUUAUAGAAUGAACUUUACACAACAAACCGAGCGGAUCCUUGCUUUUUACAUGCCACAUGUUUUACACUGCAGCAGGAAAGUGGACACCAUGUUCCUGCUGCACCGCUGCAACACCGCCUGUGGCCAAACGGAGGCGCUAUCUUCACUCUUCACUUCUCCAUGAACAGCUGAUUAACUCAGAUUGUCAUUUUAAAGUACAAUGAGUUAUUUAAACACACAUUUUCACAAGAAAGGGUGAAAAUAUCUGCCUAACGAACAUGAUUUAGAUGAUGUCUUCAUCUUUUACGCAACUUUGCAAAGAUGUUGCUGAUUUGAUGGAAAAUCUCAUAUGUUGAGAUACAUAUAUAUGUAUAUCGAUGGUU